AAGAAUCUUAUAACCAUACCAUUUUUCUGAUCCUUACUAUGGAAAAUAAUAAUAAUAAUAAAGAUGAUAUUGAUCAUCAGAUCAAGGCGCCGACGUCGACUGAUCAAGAAAUUAAUUCCGACCAGAUUCCGACCACUUUCCCGGCAGUACCCAGCUUUUCAAGCAUCUUCGACACACCAUCCGCAUCAUGUGACCUGCAGAAUGAAAUCAAAACCUCAAAUUUAGGUUUCAUCGAUAUGCUCGAAAUUCAAGACUACACCCCUUCUUUAUUCGAUAUGUUCCAAACUCCACCUCCGCCGCCGCUGCAACCGCCGCCGCCGCCGCCGCCGGAACUCGCUUCACCAUCAGGGAAUUCCAUCUCUUCAUUAUCUUCCACAGAGGUGACGACGAGUAAAACGGAAGAACGAGAUAAAGAGGAGAAAUCGACUAUCAAUAACCAGUUAAAACCGAAAAAGAAGAAUACCAAAAAACAAAGGCAGCCAAGAUUUGCUUUCAUGACAAAGAGCGAUGUCGAUCAUUUAGACGAUGGAUAUCGAUGGAGAAAAUACGGCCAAAAAGCUGUCAAAAACAGCCCUUAUCCAAGGAGUUAUUACCGUUGCACCAUGGCUUCAUGUGGGGUGAAGAAAAGAGUGGAGAGAUCUUGCGAAGAUUCCACCGUAGUCGUUACCACCUACGAAGGAACACACGGCCAUCCAUGCCCUGUCACGCUUCGCACCACAACCACUGCGGCGGCGCCGGAGACGGCCGGUUUCAUUGGCGGCGUUAAUUUUCCGACGGUGGCUUCCCCCAAUUUCAUCAUUUCUUCACAACCCCAUAAUUAUAAUAAUAAUAAUAAUAAUAAUCAAGUUUAUAUUAAUAAUAAUAAUAAUAACAAUCUCCAUAACACUAUUAAUAUCAACCCAAUAUCCUCCAUAAUAUCAGAUUUUGUUCCUCAUUAUUAUAAUUUCCCUCCUCCAUCUUCAUCAUCAACAACAUCUUCUUCUUCUAUGGUUAGAGAUCAUGGGCUUCUUCAAGAUAUGAUCAUGCCCCGGAAGGAAUCACAAGAAGAUGAUGAUCAUGAUCAGCACCAUUAAACAUGAUAUACACGUUAAUUCAUUAAUUAAUUAGUGGAUUUUUACUCCAAGAUUGAUAUAAUUAACUAACUUAUGUGAUCAAUCUAUAAUAUAUGAGGGUUUUUGUUUCACAGGAUCUUUGUGU